UCCCAGCAUCAUCACCACCGGCCAUCACUGCUUCAUUGUACGGCUGCUGCUGAUGCUGAGAUCACAGCGGAGGGGGAGAAAUUCUACAAAUCGAAGGAGCUUGUCAUGGGCACGGUUUGUCAGAUAUUAGGACUCCGCACUCGAUGAGGUUCGAUUUCAAGCCCCUUUGUCUUAUAGGAGAAUGAGGAAGAGGAGGAACUGGAAACCCUUUGAGCGCUUUGGAAAGUUUCUGUGAAGUCCCGAUGAAAGCAGCAGAAGAGCCUCUCUAGUAUUCGACUCAAUGGCCAAGAAAGGGCGUACGAAGGGCGAGAAGCCCGAGGCGCUCAUCUCUGCCCUUCAGGCAGCCAAUGAAGAUCUCAGGUCCAAACUAACAGACAUUCAGAUUGAGCUACACCAAGAAAAAUGCAAGGUGAGCAAACUGGAGCGGGACAAGGUGCAGGAGGUGAAGCGGGUGCGGGAGCAGGAGCAGCACCGUCACACUGCCAUGUUGACGGAGCAGCGGGCCAAAUGGCACGAGGAGAAGCAGAAGGAGCUCCAGGCUCUCAGGGAAAACCUGACGAGGCAGCACGAGCAGGAGCUGGCCCGCCACGCCAAAAUCAAAGACCAGGAGAACCAGAGGCUCAAAGCCGCUCUGAGCGCCAUGCGAGACGGCAGCGGCGAGAAGAUACGCACAUCCCUGACUCUGGAAGCCAAGGAGGAUGCACGCCGCUUCUUUGACCAGGAACGAGUGAGGCUGCUGCAGGAGAUAGCCGAGCUGAAAUCUACCAAGAAGCAGACGGACGAGGCUCUCAGCACCAUGAUCCAAGCCGACAAAAUGAAAGCCGGCGACCUGCGAGUGGAGCACCAGCAGCACCAGGAGCAGAUCUCCAAGAUCAAGUGGGACUGUGAGAAGGACAUCCGUAGACUGGUGGAUGAAAUCAAAUCUAAAGACCGCACCAUCUUUGCUCUGGAGAAGGAGCUGGAGUCGACAGCAGGUUUCUUACAGAAGCUGCAGCUUCAGAAGGACGCUCUAGACGAACAGCUGUUCCUUGUGAAGGAGGCCGAGUGUGGCCUGGGAAGCCCGAAAAGAGAGAUUCCUGGCAGAGCUGGAGACGGAGCAGAGCAUUGUGGAAGCCCUGACCUCAGAAGAAACCAGAGGCGCAUGGCUGAACUCAACUCCACUAUACGCAAAUUAGAAGAUCGCAACUCUCUGCUGGUCGAUGAGAGGAAUGAACUGCUGAAGCGCGUUCGAGAGUCGGUGAAGCAGUGUAAGCCUCUGCUGGACAAGAACAAGCUGCUGAGUAAACGGAACGACGAUCUGACUCAGACUAUCCAGAAGCUCGAGGAGAAACUCAAGAGUUUGGCGAAGGAGAACGUUGAGAUGAAGGAAAAAAUCAGCUCCCACGCUCCACUGAAGAAGCUCAAGUCUCUGAAUGACCUGGAUCAGGCCCACGACGACCAGGAAAUAGCUUUUCUCAAGCUUCAAGUCCUCGAGCAACAGAGCAUGAUAGACGAACUGACAAGAGACCGAGAAAAACUUCUGAGGAAGAAAAGGCAUAAAAGAAGUUCAAGGCCCAUAAAGAGGCACAUUGUAGUAGACACUUUCUUUGGGUAUGAUGAGGAGUCCAUGGACUCAGAGACAUCCUCUGUAGCUUCACUCAGGAUGGACAGAACUCCUGCUACUCCAGAUGAAGACAUGGAGGAGGGUCUAUCCACUGAGGAGUCGGAGCUGCGUUUCCGACAGCUGACCAGGGAGUAUCAGGCCCUACAGCGAGCCUAUGCCCUGCUCCAGGAACAGAAAGGAGGGAUCCUGGAUGCUGAGAUGGAAGCAAAGGCCCAUGAGCAGCUCCAAGCAGACGCUCUCAGGUAUAAAGCCAAAAUAGAGGACUUGGAGAAGGAACUGAACCAAAAGGGACAGGACUCCAAAUGGGUGGAGGAGAAGCAGCUCUUCUUACGAAGGAAUCAGGAGCUGUUAGAGAAGGUGGAAAAGCUGGAUUCAGAGUGCAGUCGGCUGCAGCAGGAGUUACAAGACUCCAGAGACCAGAAUGAGCUGUUAGAGUUCAGGAUACUGGAGCUGGAGGAGCGUGAGAGGAGAUCCCCUCCAUUCAAUCAUCUGCGGAUGCAUCCCUUCUCCGAGGGAGUCAGUGCUCUGCAGAUCUACUGUAUGAAAGAAGGGGUGAAGGAUGUGUGCAUACCAGAUCUCAUCAAACUUCUUGACAUCCUGGGAGAUAACGGGAACUUAAGAAAUGAGGAACAAGUGGCCAUAAUCCAGGCUAGCACUGUUCUGUCACUAGCAGAAAAGUGGAUUCGACAGAUUGAGGGGACGGAGGCAGCUCUGCACCAGAAGAUGAUGGACCUAGAAAUAGAGAUGGAGAUGUUCUGCAAACAGAAAGGCUAUCUAGAAGAAGAGCUGGACUACAGAAAACAGGCCCUUGACCAGGCCUACAUGCAAAUCCAGGAGCUGGAGGCGACGUUGUACAACACCCUGCAGCAGGACAAGGUGCCUCAGGUGAUAAAGUACGGAGAGCCUCUGGAUGAGCUUCAGAGGGACGAGCUGCGGACGUCAGUGGAGAAGCUGAGGAGGCAGAUGCUGAGGAAGAGCCGAGAGUACGACUGCCAGAUCCUCCAGGAGAGGAUGGAACUGCUGCACCAGGCGCACCAGAGAAUUCGCGAUCUUGAGGACAAAACAGAAAUCCAGAGGAGGCAGAUUAAAGACCUGGAAGAAAAGGUGGUCUGUCAGCUUGGAGAUCUUGUUUGUGACUGCAGUGUUAUUUAUUUUCCGGACAAGUGUGGAACAACGUUUGUGGCAGUGGCUGUUAGUGUCAUAACAUCAGUGACUGCUGUUGGUUUAAGUGGAUGUGUUGUGUGUUGGCCAUGGACGUUCACAUCAGAUUUGGAAUCUUUUGUUGUUGUUGUUUUUAUUAAACAGAGGGGAGGGGUUCUCAGGAUACUGCCCAGGAUUUUUCUUCUUUUAUUUUUUUUUUUAAGAGCGGUGUUGGACCUUAAACAUCUCUGCAAAACAGCUGGGAAUACUGUAACAGGCUGCAAGAACGACACACUAUUUCAAAGACACUUAAAGUAGAUGCAGACACACACACACACACACACACACACACACUUAAAUGCCUACUUACAAAAGAGUUUAAGGACACGUGAAUGCAUGGACGCACACAAACACACACACCGAACAAACGUACGCUUUGACAAAUCGAAACCAAAGCCUGGGAAAUGUUCUCUCUGCCAUGCAGGGUAAUAGUAUGUCAUUCACCACCAUAUAGCCACAGUGAAAAUAUAAAAGGACAGGAAAACCUUCAUCAAGAAUGAGGCAAACGAAACCGCCCAGACCACCACACUUUCUCUUCUGUUUCCCUUACCUUCUUCUUUUCUUUAUCGAUCCAUACCUGUAAGGACGUACAUCAAGGAUGCAACCUAUUGGUGAAAUGAACAGAGCCAACUCAGGGCCCCCACGAGUGCAGAGGCUGCUUCAGGUCAGAUGAAAACAAAGAAACACUCGGGACACCAGUGUGUAACCGGCUGGCCUGCCCUCGCUGUUCCCACAAAAUUGGUGCUUACACAGACUGCUGGGACUCUCCAGAGGUUAAACCUGCGAAAGGACAGAACUACACUGCAGAGAUGGGUGUGUACGGACACUAAAAAGGGGGAUAGAGGACACUCAGGAUGAAGCAUCUUCACUGAGAGAUAAAAAAAAAAAAAGAAAAGAGAAAGAGGGGAGGAUUUCAACUCCGAUCUAGCUCCACUCAAGCUGGAUCUCCACAUUCGGAUCAUCAAACAGCUUUUUAAUUUGUCUUAAAAACCAGCAGACUGUAAGAGCUUUACUCUCUGGUUGUCUCUUUGUUCUUUUCCUCUCUUUUUUACAGCCUACCUUACACUCAGAUACUGUGUCCCAAGAUUUCCACUGAGGAAAAAGAUCAACUCUAUUCUGUACUGUAAUAUAUACAUUUGUUGAUAUGUACAUGUAUCUAAAUUAUUUCAUGUCCCCCCCCCCCCCCCCCCCCCCCCCCUUUUAUUUCUGUGAAUAGUUGCACUUUUCUUCAAAUUCUCAAAAGCAGCUUGAACAGUUGAUGUACUUGGCAGUUUAUAAAUGACUCAAAAGACUACAAAUUGCUAUGUUUUAUUGUAGUGACAGCUGCAAAAGAUGAAUUUUAUUUAUUUGGAAUAAUAACUGCAAAUUGUUGGAAUAUGAAUGUGGAAUGUGGACACCCCCCCCCCCCCCCCCAUUUUUCUCUCUCCAUCUCUCUCACACAGAAUAUUUGUUAUUCUACCGGUCUAGAGUCAGUUACUCUGGUUGACCAGCAGGGGGUGCUGGUUCUACCUGAGCAACUUCCAAUAUUCCCUUUAAAGUGACGCAAUCUUUUCUCGAAACCUGUAAAUAUUUUCAGGAUACCUUGCAAAAUAUCUUCAUCAGCUCUGGCUGAAUGAUUGGCGAGUUCAAGUUCAAAACUGAGUUGAGUGUCAUCAGUUCAUCUUGUUAAACAAAACCAAAAAAAAAAAAAACAGAGAAAGGUUAAUUCAUAACAAAACAUAUACUUAACCCUCUGUCCCAAGUAUACUGCAGAUACCUUCUCUAUUCCUCCUUUUACUAACCAAUAUGUCUUUGACACCAACAACCCAUCUUUUACUGAACAAUACUUGCUGCUUCAGUCCAGGGGCGUGUCCAGACUUUUUAACUGGGACGGCCAAACAUGAGCAUGGAUCUAAAGGGAGGUGGCCUGAAGUAUAUGUGUACACACACUCAUUUCUAAAUUGAAGAAAACAAAUGAACCUGACAUGUCUCCAAUCAUCGACUCAAAAUACUAUUAUUAUAAUGAAAAACACAUUCCAAAAUAUCACAGUGUGUUACACUGAAGUGCCACAGACAGGGGAGAAAUGAAAUCAUAGCUAAGGAUUAUGGAAUAGCAAUGGGGGUGGGGGGGCAGUACCCAGGGGCUAAUGCCACCCAGGACACUUCAUGGGCACGCCCCUGCUUCAGGCAUCUACUUCCUCAAAGUGAAACAGGAGAAAGUGAACGCAACACUACACCUGCUCCACUUCUCUCCUGGCCGGCUUACUCUUUCCACUCCCUGCAAUAUUUACAAGUUAAAUGUUCCAAUCCAUUGUACAUGAGCUAGAGUAUCUGCAAUCGUACCCACCCACCCCACUCCCACCCCCUCACAGGUGUAGGGUGGCGGCAUCUCAUUACAUAGCAGACAGUAACUGUACAAUCACCUUCAUUUACUUCAUACCGAGGGGAAUGACUGAGACUAUUUCUGUGCAAACUCAGCUAACGAGCAGUUGCCUUAAAUGCACUUUCCCCGUUCUUUUCCACAAUUAUUUUUUUCAGGCGGUUGAUAUAAUCAUGUAAUGUAAUGUAAUGUAUAUUUUUUGUUAUUAUUUAACAGAGUUUUUUUAUUAUCUUUAACCCGUCUGUCUUCCAACAAGAAUUUAAUCCCUUCUCCUACUUUCGUCUAGAUUAUUAAAUAAACGGAGAAAAAUGAGCAAUGCUGUAAAAAAACAAAAAAUUAAAGGCCUUUGACCGUAAAGGAGAAACUGUCUUCCUUCUUGUCUUUGUUACAGGUGGGCGAGUUCAGGGUUUGUGUUGAAGGGGAGAUUUUUUUUAUUAAAUCCCUUGUAAAAUUGCCUUUACUAUGACUGCAUGACGCUCAUGUCAUGAGUUGUGCAACCUACAGCAGAGCUCUGCUGUGUUCAGGUCAGAGAGAGGAAACAGGUUUUAACAUAUUAGAUAUUUUUUAAUGUGAUGUGUCCUGCACAUUUUUGAAUCGAUUAAAACAUGAUACGAAUUGA